GUUGACAGUGUUUGCCAGUCAGCUAUAAUGAGAGCACAGAUCAUAAGACAGAAACUUUUGUGUACUAGCAGAAACGCUUGCUGAAAUACACCUGCAAUUUUAACUCGUCAUUUUAAAGGCAGUAAUGGGAGAGACAGAAGAUGAGUUGUUUUUUGUCAACGCUAGCACUGCUCUUGUGGCCGCGGCUGUGUUUAUAACCGUUUACUUGUUUUUACUUAUACAAAGGAACUACAGUGCAUUCUCAAAUGUACCUCCUGGGCCAAAACCGUGGCCUGUGGUGGGUAACUUUGCAUUUUUGUUGAUCCCCGAUUGGGUGUUAACAAAGAUCAAAGCUAACGAUGACGAUGGUGAAAUUACAAAGAAGAAAGUAAAGCAACUUGCUACACUUUCUCCUCAUGUAAUGCUUACGGACCUGGCCAAAAUAUAUGGGAAUAUCUAUAGUAUCUUCAUUGGAAACCGUCCUAUGGUUAUCCUCAAUAGCUACGAAACAGUCCGGGAUGCGCUUGUCAAUCAUGCAGAAGUGUUUUCAGACAGACCCACCGUUCCUGUAAUUACCAUAAUUACAAAGAAGAAAGGUAUUGUAUUUGCACCUUAUGGCCAAGUGUGGAGACAGCAGAGGCGGUUCUCUCACUCCACUCUUCGACACUUUGGACUUGGAAAGCUCAGCCUAGAGCCCUGCAUCCUGGAGGAAUUCCAGUUUGUCAAGAAUGAGUUUCUGCAGCACAGCGGAGGAAACGGGGAGGCCUUUGACCCUUCCCCCACCAUCAACAACGCAGUCUCCAACAUCAUCUGCUCUAUGAGCUUCGGACGCCGAUUUGACUACCAGGACCAAGAGUUCAAGACCCUGCUCAGCCUUAUGUCCAGGGGUCUUGAGAUAUCAGUCAACAGCAAAGCCUUACUGAUAAACAUCUGCUCAUGGCUCUACUACCUACCAUUUGAACCCUUUAAGGAGCUGAGGAAGGCGGAGAGAGAUAUAACAGCCUUCCUGAAGGGUAUUAUUGCCCAGCACAGGGACAGUCUGGAUCCUGCCAAUCCGCGGGAUUUCAUAGACAUGUAUCUCCUGGAGACCAGCCGGCAGCAGCAAGAAGGGAAGCUAGACAGCAGCUUCAGUGAAGAUUACUUGCUCUACAUCAUUGGGGACCUGUUCAUCGCUGGCACUGACACUACCACCAACACCCUGCUCUGGAGCCUGCUGUAUAUGUGUCUGAACCCUGACGUGCAAGAAAAGGUUCAAGCUGAGAUCGAUCAGGUUAUAGGACCAGACAGAACCCUGUCACUGACUGACAAAGCCAGUAUGCCCUUCACAGAGGCAACGAUCAUGGAGGUCCAAAGAAUGACGGUGGUUGUGCCAAUGUCAAUACCACACAUGGCUUCAGAAACCACCUUGUUCCAGGGGUACACCAUUCCCAAAGGCACUCUGAUUAUUCCAAACCUGUGGUCAGUACACAGAGAUCCUUCUGUGUGGGAGAACCCAGACGAGUUUAACCCUUACAGAUUCCUGGAUGAAAACAGACAAUUGCUGAAGAAAGAUGCCUUCAUUCCAUUUGGGAUAGGCCGAAGGGUCUGCAUGGGAGAGCAGUUGGCCAAGAUGGAGCUUUUCCUGAUGUUUGUAAAUCUGAUGAAGUCUUUCACCUUCAGACUUCCAGAAGGCUCUGCAAAACCAUCAAUGAAUGGAAGGUUUGGUCUGACGCUGGCCCCACAUACUUUUAAUGUCUGUGUUAGUCCUCGCUAAAGAAAUCUACAAAUAACCUUCUUGCUUUAAUGAAACAGAAGACGUGUAACUUAGACAGUGUUUGGAUGUGUGACAAUAGAUUCUUGAAACCACUGUUUUGUAAUCUUACCAAGAUCUGGUAUUCUCAGAAAGGUUCAGUGCAUUACUGUUUGAAAGAUUACUGGACCAUGCUUGAAUUUCUGGCUGAAUUUGAUCUAAAAUAACUGGCAUCAGUAGUCUUUUACACUUUACAGAGAAUAUAUUGCCUUGCAGGACAAUUCAAUUAUCGUCAUUGCCUACUAACACAUGCUUUACAGCACUGUUUACAUGCUGUACCCAUCAGAGUUCUUAAUAUAACAAGUGAAUGUCAGGACUGAAGAGUUUGCAACUUUCAGAGAUUUUGCACUCGGAAGCAACCCAUGUACUUGUGUUCACCAAAUGGUGCACUUUGAAAUAAAGUAUUAUGGUAGUCUACAGAUCUGAACCUGAUCUCAAACACAAAGUUUACUGUCUUUUGAAAAGACAAUGUACUAGUUCAGAUCCAAAGUUUGCAAAUGUAUUAGGUAGAAACCCUCGCUAAAGGAAAAUGAGCAAUAUUACAGAAAUCAUUUGGCCCACAGCCUCUUCGUUCCGAGCUCCAAUCCUGGUGUCUCCUCUUUAAAGUUUGCCUCAGCUCUUCUGGUGACUGUCUUUCCCCAGAUUAGCCUGCUAAGAGGCAGAGGAGGUGGUGGUGAACCACACUAAAAAAUAUGAGGGCAAGUGGACUACUCAGCUUGGCUCUACAAUAUAUUUAUUUAAAAAAUAACUUUAUUGACAAAUAUUGCCAGUAUUACAAAACAAAAUCACACUUCAAAAAUUCCAUUCACAAAUUUUAAACGAUACAUAAUAAAUGUAUUAAACAAAAAAUUCCAAAAAGCAACAAAAGGCAGUGUGUGUAUAUAUAUAUAUAU